GUAACCUCAGCUAUGGAGAACGCAGAUAAUGCAGAGGAGGAGAAGCCGACUGUAAGCAAUGACAGCACAGACAAUGGCGCUGAAACAGCAACAGAAGAACAGCAUAUGGACUUCAGUACAGAAAUUAUGAGUGUAACUGAGAUGGAACAAUCACCUGACAGUUCCCCUGACUUGAAUGAAGAGAACACACAGGAGAGUGAAAUUCCAAAUAUUGAAAGUUUACAGACAACAGAUAUUGAGGCUUGCUUCCCUCCAGAUUUUGACAAGUUCUGGAAAGUAGUAGAGGACAAUCCCCAGGAUUUCACAGGAUGGGUAUAUCUACUACAGUAUGUAGAGCAGGAGAACCACUUACCAGCUGCCAGGAAAGCAUUUGACAGGUUUUUCACGCAUUAUCCAUAUUGCUAUGGAUAUUGGAAAAAGUAUGCAGAUCUUGAAAAGCGACAUGACAACGUUAAACAGUCUGAUGAGGUUUAUCGCAGAGGGCUUCAGGCAAUUCCUCUUAGUGUUGAUCUUUGGAUACAUUAUAUAAACUUCUUAAAGGAGACCUUGGACCCUGCCGAUCCUGAAACUAACAGUACUAUUCGAGGAGCCUAUGAACAUGCAGUCUUAGCUGCUGGCACAGAUUUCCGUUCUGACAGACUAUGGGAAAUGUAUAUAAACUGGGAAAACGAACAGGGAAACCUAAGGGAAGUUACGUCCAUAUAUGACCGCAUCCUUGGAAUUCCAACACAACUCUACAGUCAUCAUUUCCAGAGGUUUAAAGAACAUAUACAGAACAACUUGCCUCGAGACCUUCUGACUACUGAGCAGUUUGUUCAGCUGCGCAGGGAACUAGCAUCUGUGAACGGCCACAGUGGGGAGGAUGCGCAACCCGGAGACGACCUGCCCUCUGGUACUGAAGAUAUAACUGACCCUGCCAAGCUAAUCACUGAGAUAGAAAACAUGAGGCACAGAAUCAUUGAGAUUCAUCAGGAAAUGUUUAACCACAAUGAACAUGAAGUCAGUAAGAGGUGGACGUUUGAAGAAGCGAUAAAGAGGCCUUACUUUCAUGUCAAACCUCUGGAGAAAAUUCAGCUGAAAAACUGGAAAGAGUACUUAGAAUUUGAGAUAGAAAAUGGCACUCAUGAACGAGUUGUGGUCCUCUUUGAAAGAUGUGUUAUUUCAUGUGCCCUCUAUGAGGACUUCUGGAUUAAGUAUGCCAAAUACAUGGAGAAUCAUAGUAUUGAAGGAGUGAGGCAUGUCUACAGCAGGGCUUGCACAAUACAUCUUCCUAAGAAACCAAUGGUUCACAUGCUGUGGGCUGCCUUUGAGGAGCAGCAGGGCAACAUCGAUGAAGCAAGAAGAAUCUUGAAAACAUUUGAAGAGUGUAUUCUAGGGCUAGCAAUGAUUCGCUUACGAAGAGUAAGCUUAGAACGCAGACAUGGAAACAUGGAAGAAGCUGAACAUCUGCUUGAAGAUGCUGUUAGGAAUGCCAAAUCAAUUAGCGAAUCGUCGUUUUAUGCCAUCAAAUUAGCUCGGCACCUCUUCAAAGUACAGAAAAAUCUUCCAAAGGCAAGAAAAGUGCUGUCAGAAGCCAUAGAAAUUGACAAAGAAAAUACGAAACUGUAUCUCAACUUACUUGAAAUGGAGUACAGUGGUGAUCUCAAGCAAAAUGAAGAAAACAUCUUGAGCUGUUUUGAUAAAGCUGUCAAUGGCGCAUUGUCUAUAAAAAUGAGGAUUACGUUUUCUCAGCGAAAAGUGGAGUUUCUUGAAGAUUUUGGUUCUGAUGUAAACAAGCUUUUGGAUGCCUAUGAUGAACACCAAGCACUUCUGAAGGAGCAGGAUUCUUUAAAAAGGAGAGCAGAGAAUGGAUCAGAAGAGCCGGAUGAGAAGAAAAUGCUCACAGAUGACCCAACUUUGGCAUCAGCACAGAUGAUGGAUGGAGACAUGCAAGUCAAUCAGGCAGCGUAUAACUACAAUGCCUGGUAUCAGUACAAUUACCAGAACGCAUGGAACUAUGGACAGUAUUAUCAUCCAACUUGAUCCGAAGAGUGAGUGAAGUUCACUGUGCUGCCGUUUCAACAAAGAUGGAAUAAAAAAAAAUAUAUUUUUCUAAAUUAGGGAUGUGAAAGAACUGUUGUAAUACCUGCUUUUUGGUCUCUUGCAUGUGAAAUGAGCUGAUGUUCACAGGGUAUGUGUGAAGCAAAAUUUGUGUGCUGGUAACUGAUAAAUGGUAUCUCUGUACAAUUCUAGUUUACCAUAAAUGCUUUUUUUUUUUUUAAUUCCCUGCACUAAUUUAUGGAGAUAUCUGGAGAAUUUUUUUCAGUCUCGUAAUGAUUCC